GUUGCUCUGAUUCUAAUCAAGUCUACAGUGAUCGCAGCUUUCGACGAUGCCACUAGAUCGGUUCGGCGCAUUCGCGAACAACGAGCGAACAGCAAGGGCCAGCUAUUGCCCGGAGACGCCGCCCAAAGUCUCCUAGCAUCACUUGCGUUAGGGUCUAUCAUUGUUCGUGACCAUUAUGAGCACGACCUCAAGCGCUUCGGAGAACCAUAUGCAUGUGGGGGAUAUACAAGCACGGGAUCGAACGAAGGACGUCUUGAUCACCCUACAGAUGUCCUUGAUAAUAAAUCUAAAGACCAUCUACAUGGAUGAGAUAGAGAUGGACUUUCAUAUGCUACAGGCCACAUCCGACGACUGUCGAGUGAACGCCAGGGUGUGUCUGGGCCAGUUGGCGCAGCGCUUGUCGGACUCGACGAAGGCAGAGGCGUCUUAUCCUCAACAAUCGGCAAAUUCGUCGGGCUGUUCUGGCUUCAUGCCUUCCCUGUCGCCCUCUCUGGGGUAUUCGAGCAGCCGCAGCACUUACUCCUCAACAGCCUUCCAAGCUUUUCGGAGGCCCGACGCCAUGACAGAACAGGUUGGAGAGCUGAAUAGGGGACUGCCGUUUUUCAGCCCAACAUUCGAGGAGCGCAAAAUGCUCGACACUCGCAAAAUGCCCAUGAGCUCUGCCGCUUCGCAGGGACGGCAUUUCCAUUCCGAUGCUCGCACCUCGGUCAACCCCCACAGAAUCGAAGAGAGCCAUGAUCGGAGCUUGUGUAGGAGGUCGUCCCAAACCCUGGCACUAGAUGACAAUAUCCUGCUGAUGUUCCCCCGACCUGGCGGACAACCCAUCCCG